CAGCUGUUUCAGCCAGGCUGGAUGACCUAGACCAACUGCUGGUGUAUUCGCAACCUCAACACCGAGAACCACUCGCGGCAGCAAGCGAGCUUUCUUUCUCUCACACGCGGCGACCUAACCGGAACAGGCCAAAAUGUACGGAUUCGUGAACUACGCGCUCGAGCUGCUAGUUUUAAAGAACUUCGGUCUAAAUAUAUGGGAACAAAUAAAGAAAAAGGCACAGGUUAGUAUGGAGGGGCAGUUUCUGGUGAGACAGAUCUACGAAGAUGACAUAACGUACAACCUGAUAGAAGCCGCCGUAGACAUACUCAACAUUCCCGCGGGUGACAUCCUGGAGCUGUUCGGUAAAACAUUCUUCGAGUUCUGCCAGGACUCGGGCUACGAUAAGAUCCUGCAGGUGCUCGGUGCGACACCUCGCGAUUUCCUGCAAAAUCUUGAUGCUCUACACGAUCACCUCGGUACACUCUACCCGGGUAUGCGAGCACCAUCGUUCCGCUGCACGGAGACAAACGGACAGCUCGUCCUUCACUACUACUCGGAACGUCCGGGUCUAGAGCACAUCGUGAUCGGGAUCGUGAAAGCGGUCGCAUCGAAGCUUCACGGUGUGGACGUUGAGAUCAAGAUCAUCCGGCGUAAGGGUGAUCCGGUUGAGCCCGAACCGGCAAAGCCAACCGAACCGGUCAAGAUCACGCGGCCACCAGUCGUGGCACCGGCCCAACCAGUUCCUAUUACGUCACUCGAUCCGGCCAUGCCGGAGCUGGCCAACCUGGGCCUGUGCAAGCGCAUUCUAGCCUCGAAAACGUACGGUGAAUCUUAUUUUUCGAAUAGACUAAAUAAUCUAGCCACCUCCAAGAGCACUACCGCGCUCAAGCAACCUACCGAGUCGGCGUCCUGUCAUGGCAAUAAACUUAGCAUAAGCAGUAGUCAAAACGGAAGCAAUAGUAUACCGCUCUACGGUGAGGUUAGCCAAUCUAGUAAAGACACCAAUACCAAUUGUGAUAGCAGCCAAGCGCACGGGGACGAGUGGAAGAAGACGAAUGCGGCCGGAAAUGCCCCCGUCGAGCGGUCGGAUCAUUUCCAGUUUCUAAUAACGGAGAUAUCCGGCCCGAAAACACCGACGCGUCGCUCGGACGAGAAGGACCAGCAGGCGGAGUGUCAACUCGUGGCGAAAGAACCAAUGAUCUCGCCCAUGACGUUUUGUAAGAUUUUCCCAUUUCACCUGAUGUUCGACCGGAGCAUGCACAUUGUGCAGGCAGGACGAUCGGUUUCACGUGUUAUACCGAGGAUCUGCGAGAAGAAUUGCCCUCUGCUAGCGCUAUUUGAGGCAGUUCGGCCGCAUUUGCAGCUGAGUUUCGAAAACAUUCUGGCUCACAUCAACACGAUCUACGUCCUGAAGACGAAAGCGGGCGUGAUGUCCAAAAGCGAGAGAUAUCUAAGACUGAAGGGACAAAUGAUGUACAUUCCAGGCUCAGAUUUGAUACUUUUCCAGUGCUACCCUAGUGUGAUGAAUCUCGACGAUUUGACAAAAAAGGGCCUGCACAUCUCUGACAUUCCGCUGCACGACGCCUCCCGUGAUCUGGUGCUGCUCAGCGAGAAAUUCGAAGCCGAGUAUAAGCUCACCACCAACCUUGAAAUCUUGACGGACAGGCUACAGCAAACUUACCGGGAUCUGGAAAGCGAAAAGCAGAAGACGGACCGAUUGCUAUAUUCCGUGCUGCCGAAGACAGUCGCCAAUGAACUGCGGCACCAGCGCCCAGUCGCCCCCAAACGGUAUGACUCAGUAACGCUGAUGUUCUCCGGGAUCGUUGGGUUCGGGCAAUACUGCUCGGCCAACACCGACGCCGAGGGUGCGAUGAAGAUCGUAAAGAUGCUGAACGAGCUGUACACCAUCUUCGACGAGCUGACGGACUCGAAGAGCAACUCCAACAUCUACAAGGUGGAGACAGUCGGUGACAAGUACAUGGCAGUGUCCGGGCUGCCAGAUGAGUGCGAGAACCACGCCAAGUGCAUCGCUCGCCUGGCACUCGACAUGCUGGAUAUGGCAAAGAACGUCAUGAUGGGCACAGAAGCGGUGAAAAUCACCAUAGGGAUCCAUUCCGGCGAGGUCGUCACAGGAGUUAUCGGCAAUCGGAUGCCGCGUUACUGCUUGUUCGGGAACACAGUUAACCUGACCAGCCGCACGGAGACGACGGGCGUACCAGGUCACAUCAACAUCAGCGAAACCACGUACAAGUUACUCUGCGAUCCCGUUAAUCACGAUCCCUCGUUCAACCUGGAAUAUCGUGGCCCGGUCGUGAUGAAGGGCAAACCGGAACCGAUGGACUGUUGGUUCCUGACACGCAAGGUGGCGCCGACAGCGAAGUAGACUCCCCAAACAUGCAACAUGCGUGGCAAAAGACGCUAACACUUCCUACCGGAGGACCGUAACUCUCGAACGUAACCGAUCGCCGAUCGGCGACACCUGAUAGCUUUUCUUCUGAGCGGUGUAUUUAUAGAUGUUUGACGCCUAGCGCCGGGCGGACCAUUCGUUGUAACGAUGUGACAAAAUUGUGUAAAGACAAAAACCAAAACAAAAAAAAACCAAAACAGAAAAAUUAAUUUCUAUACUUUAAUGUACUAGUGUAGAUGUAUCUUUUGUACUUCUGCCAAAGCGAUCCCAGAUCCGUGCGACCAGGACCGAGCUCGAGCUGUACUUGUUCUACGAGCAUGAACGGGCACGAGGAACGAGGCUUUCGAAACGAACCUUCUGUCCAACACUGUUUGAUAUGCUAGACUGUUCGAUGGCUAACCCUAAGAUAUCUCCACGGUAGAGAUGCACCGGCACGUGCACACGGUGGCAUCGUUUUCCCAAAACCACCUGGUGCGCUCCAAAGCUGAGCAGUCCCGCUAUUACACGGCCGUGGAGAUACUUUUGUAGCCUUUUAGAUAGCUGUACAAUGAGAGUAUUUAUAAAGCGGUAUAGUUUUUUCGUUACAAGUGUAGCAAGUAGGUAAAACUGGUAGUCUUCUAAAGAUCUAGUAGAUUGACGCAAACAUAAACAGUAGCUAAUAGAACGGGCCAAUCGUGAUAGAUGUACAACUAGUGGAAAUGCAACAUCGGUGCCAACCCGAACAACCAACAGCCAUUUUGCGCGAUUAAGCUAUUUAAAGACAAGCAACAGUAAGCGUUACACAAGCGAAUCCGAUGUCUAGAGAUACACUCCAUUAACAUUUCAGCAUUGACACUACGUCGCACGGUCUCUAUCUCUCAUCCUACACACUGACACCGCGCAAUCAUACAUACAUUCAUCGAUACAUUUGCAUCAACGGACAAACAACUCUAACCGAGGUGCGGGCGGUAUGCUACGAGAGAUAGCGCAUCAUGCUUAGAUGUGAGUGAUUCCUAACAUAAUAAAAAACAAAACAAAAGAUGUUAUACCAGAGCAAACAAAUAAAGUCUAACUAACCU